AUGAAUAAAUACCAAAGAUCUCCUGAUAGGUUUGCCAAGAGUUAUGCUCAUCUUUCAUAUCACAAUACAAGUUCUUAUUCAAUAAAAGAAAAUUUAAGCUGCACUUCUCUUCCUUAAAUCAAUACAAAUCAAAAUUCUCGCAAAGUUAGUGGCAAAGAAGAUAAUGAAAAUGUUAAGGUUGCUGUCAGAGUACGCCCUCCAAUUGCAAGAGAAAAAAAGGAAAAUUUUCCUUUUAUAUCAACAGUUGAUGUUUCUCCUGAUAACAAGUCAAUAGUUAUUUGUGAUUUUCUUUAAGCUGAGAAAUUACCUCCUGAGGAGAUUUAAGAAUUUAUAUAAAACCCAAAAAACUACCCAAAAUAUUCAUUUACAUUUGAUCAUGUUUAUGAUCAAGAUAGUACGUAAGAAGAAGUAUAUGAGUUAACGGCAAAAUAAUCAGUUCUAAGUGUUUUAGAAGGAUUUAACUCUACAAUAUUUGCAUAUGGUUAAACAGGUACAGGAAAAACAUUUACUAUGGAAGGAUUUUACAUGCAUCAUACAGAUCCUAAUAUUGGUAUAAUUCCAAGAUCUAUGAAUGAAAUUUUUGAGUUCAUUGAAAAUUGCCAAGAUAGCGAUAUCAAUUUUAUGGUGAGGUGUUCUUAUUUACAAAUUUACAAUGAGGUUAUUUCGGAUUUACUCAAAACUGACAAAACUCAUUUAACCAUAAGAGAAGACAAGAAAAAAGGAAUAUAUGUUGAAGACUUAUCUGAAUGGGCUGUCAGAAAUCCAUAAGAAGUUUUUCAACUGAUAAAAAAAGGUAAUUAGUCAAGAGCUACUGCAGCCACAAAAAUGAAUGAUAUGUCUUCAAGAAGUCAUGCUGUUUUUAUAGUAAUAGUAGAGCAAGUUUUUAUGGAUCCAGACAACGACUUUUAACCAACAGCUGCUAAGACUGGUAAAUUAAAUUUAGUAGAUCUUGCUGGAUCUGAGAGAGUGUCAAUUACGGGAGCAACUGGAUAAAGGUUAGAGGAAUGUAAAAAAAUUAACUAAAGUUUAUCUGCACUAGGAAAUGUUAUUUCAGCAUUGACAGAUAAAAAAGGUCCUCGUCCCCAUAUUCCAUAUAGAGACUCAAAAAUUACUAGAAUCUUAGAAGAUUCUCUUGGAGGUAAUUGCAAAACAACUAUGCUUGCCAUGAUCUCUCCUAGCACAGAUGCUUUUAAUCAUUCAUUAUCAACAUUGAAGUUUGCUAAUAGAGCUAAAAAUAUAAAAAAUUGUCCUGUAGUUAAUUAAGCUGAUGAUGACACAAAAGCAUUGCUUUUAUAAUAUGAAUCGGAGCUCAAAAAGCUAAAAGCACAGCUAGAAAAUAAGAGAAAAUCAAUUUUUGAUAAAAAUUAAAUACUUACUCUUUAAGUGCAGGUAAAUCAAGCAGAACAAGAUAAAGAAGAUGCAUUGGCAGCAUAUGAGCAAAAGAUUGAAGAAUUAUAAAAAGAAAAGGAAGAAAAAAAAAUGUUGGAAGAAAAAAUAAAAUCAAUACAAAGCCAAGUUCUUGUAGGUGGACAAAAAAUAGAAUAGGAUAAAAAGUAUAUUGAAAAAUUAGAAGAAAAAUAAAAAAGAAUAAGGUCUGAGUAUGAAAAAAAAAUUUAGAUUUUAGAAAAUGAAAGAAGAAUAUAGGCUGAAGAAAAAAUUGAAGCUGAGCAGUAUAAAAAUUUAUUGUUAAAGCAAAGAGAUGUGAUGGUUGGUCUAUCUCAAAGAUUAGUAGAAAGAGAUAAAAGGAUUAUAGAGUUAGAGGAAGAUAUUGAAGUUCUUGAGGAUUGUGAACAAAAAGCUUAGAAUAAAGUAUUUUAUUUAGAAUCGAUCCUUAAAGCCAACAACAUAAAAAUUCCUGAUUAUUCUUAAAUUCCUAGCAACAUAACUGAUUAAGUUGAUUUGGGUAACCAAGUUACUUUCAAUAUCACUGAAAAUAACUUACAAACUCUUGUAGAUGACAAAUCUAUUCAAAACAAGAGUUAUCGCUAAGUCUAAAUUCUUAGACAAAAGAUAGAAGAGUUCUUAAGUAAGAAAAAGAAAAUAAAUGAUUAAGAACUUAAAGAAUUGUAGGAUAUUUAAACAAUUAGAGGCCAAUAUGAAGAGAAGUUUUAGAAAUUAGACUAGAAAUUCCAUAAAAAAAUUGAAUUUUUAGAAAAAUAAAAUAAUGAAUAGUAAUAGAGCUUAGAAAAGUUUUUAGAGAUAAUAAAUGCAAAAGAAAAGUAAAUUUUUAACCUAAAAGUCGCUCUUAAGUCAUAGAUGAAACAAUAGCCAUAAUCUUAAGAACAUAAAGUUGACUUCCUUCAACUAAAAGAAUAAAGCUCUUUGAUAAAAAAUAAGGUGGACUUUAUUGUUGACAUUUUUAGUAAUAAAAAAGAAGCGAAUGCAAUCAAGUCAGCAGCAAGAGAACUUGUUUCUCUUUAAAUUGAAGCAUCAAAGUUUAGUGAUAUCAUUGAGGACACUUUUGCAGAAACAGAAAACAGCAAAGAAUAAAGCAUAUUCAAAUCACAGUAAUCAAGCACAAAUCGUUUAAAUAGUCCAGAUUCAUAGAGACCAGAAUAAACUAACAGACAAAGUUUCACAGUGACUUAAACGAGCUAAAGCUAAACUUAAAGGACACAAGAAUCAUAUUACUCUAAUCCAAAUUAAAUAUAGAAAUAAAAUUACAUAAAUAUUUACAAUAGUAACCAAAAUUUAGUGAGCCCAAAAAAUAAAAUAGAUAAUAUGCAAGCUUUAAAUGAAAAAAUAAAUUAAAAUUUAAAUAUAAUAGCCAAGAAUUCUAACCAGUUGUCUAAUCCUUCUGUAUUAAACUAGCAAACUGGCAUACCUCUUAACAAUAACCUAAUAUCCUAACCAUUUCCAUAAGGUAAAGGGCCAAUAAAUGUUCAUAUGAAUUUAUAAUCAUAAAUUAACAAUGUUUAAAGUGAUUCAUCAACACCAAGCCACUCCUAAGCGUAUAAAAUGAAGCAGGAGGAAGAAGAUUAAAAAAGACGAUAAGCAAUAUAAUAGAUAGAUAAUAUACUUAAAGGAUAGCUUGGUUAAGUUCCUACAAAAUAAAUAAGACCACCUGAGAAUACUUUUUCUAAAAGUUUAUAACAACCUUAAUACUCAUGA